UUAAGUCCAGAAGAGAACAACCUCUUGUGCCUGCACUUGGUUGCAUUACACAAAAUGGAGCGUCUCUAUCCCCAGGGUCUGCUGUUGUUAGUUCUGUUUAUGGUUAUAUCAGACUGCAGUGACAUCUCACCAGUGAUUGCUUCUCAAGGAGAUGAUAUAGCUCUUCCUUGUUUUAACUCGACUGGGAUGAAGAGCUGCUACAGAGUCAAAUGGAUUAAGCAUGAAACAGAUGUCAGCCAGAUGAAGGUCAUCCUUGCCAGGCCUAAAACACCCAAGAUCCAGGAUGCCGAGCGUGUAAAAUGGGAGGCUGAUGGAAGUGGACGGAUGUCACUUUUUCUGACAAAAGUGCAGAAAUCUGAUGAGGGACUGUAUAGCUGUGAAAUCUGGCAAGGCUGGGAUGCUAUUUUUGUCAUAAACAUACCUUUGAAAGUAAAAGAAUGCAAAGCUCUCCAAGUGGUGAAGGCAGCGCCCGGCACAUCUGUUAACCUGAGCUGCCCAGUGGACAUGACAUCAGGACAACAAGGGCCCCAAGACCUGUCCUGGGUAAUGCUGAAAGGAGGCAAUGCUGUACCUGUCAACUCUAAAAGGGCUGAAAUUAACGGGACAUCACUGGCCAUCCACUCUGUGAACAACAGUGACAGUGGUUGGUACAGAUGUAAAUACAAGCUUGGACAAACUCAGCGCUGCUUUGACAUUUAUCUACUGGUCCAGGUGGAAAAGGAGGCUGUGGCCACAACAUCUCCAGUGCUGACAGCCAGCGGGAGUAUUUCGAAACCCAGGAAGAACGGGAGCAGCUGGGCAGUUAUUGCAGUUGCAGCCCCAGUCGUUAUUGCUGUUGCCAUGAUUGCUGCAUCAAUAGGACUAUUAAUUUACCGCAGAUGUAGCACCCAAAGAGCUGCGCAGCAGACCUGGAGGCCCCCAGCAGGCAGUCCUGUGGAGCACACUGACGGUUAUGAGACCGUGAAUCUUACACCUUCAGAGGAUCUCCCACACCAACGAGCCAACAGUCUAUACCAGCAAUUCCAGCAAGAAGACCUGUGUACUUUCCAUUAUUAGUCUUUUUAACUCUGCUCCAGGAAAAAAGAUUUCCUUUGCUGACUCAUCUGGAUUGCCUGCUCACAUUUCUUCAUGAUGUAAAAGCACGUGUCAUCGAUUAAAAGCGUUUCUUGCGGCUUAUAUUGAGCUUCAUGGAAAAUUUGUACACAAGUGCAAACUGGAAAAUGCUGCCCACCGUUGACUCUACAUCACUGCCUUGUUUCUGUUGAUAUUUGUGAUCAUCUGUGUCAUUUUAAAUGAAAUGUGAACAGUGAAAUCUUGUACGCAAUUUGACCUUUUUGAUGAUGACUGAUCAUGACAAAGGAGUCUUGAACAUUGUUCUGCUUUUCUGUGUGUGACAAGAAAAAAUUCACAGGUUUGGGAAAACAUAUAUUUUGUGUAUUGAUGGUUGAAAUUACCUGUCAAGAUUAAAAUAUUGAGGAAAAGAAACACUUUUAUUUAGUUCUAGUUCACAGCCUGUAAUAAAUCAUAGAAACUGUC